GGCUGGAAACAGGUGGCUGGAGAAAUUCAGGCUCAUUUCAGGGUAAAGCAGCUGACACUGGAUGUCAGCAUUGUACAAGAGGAACGGAACCGAGGCGGCUGGGACCUUCCUCUCGGUCAGAGGAACACACGCAUCGUGACCACCACCCUGCUGCUCACUGAAGAAGUAACGCGGGAAGACCGGGGCUCGGAGGGGAGCUACGUCCUGUACGGGUCCUCCUGUGCCGAGAUCACCGAAGAAGCUGAGUAUGUGAAAAAGCAGCACCCUCAGGUGCCGGGCAGUAACCCAGAGCCCAGGAGCAGUGGCUGGGGCUCAAGCUGCAGCCCCGUGGCAGCGAAGAUGAGGGAAACAGAGAGGCAGCUGCUGCAGGUCAGCAGGGAGAACCAGGUGCUGCAGAUCAAGCUGGAAGCCACAAGAGAAGCGGGCGUGCAGGCUCUCAGGGCUGCGUCCCAAAAACUCUAUGAGAACUACCAGACUCGGUCUGAAGAACUUCGAAAAACUCACGAGAAUGAGAAGCAGCAAAUACAGGCCUGCAGUCGGGAACAGGAACGAGAGCUCCAGCAGAAGGAGGGAAAUGCCACUCGGCUCGCCAGCGACGUGGAGGAGAGGUGCACCCGCAUCGCGGACAUGGAGCAGCGUGUGCGGAGGAUGGAGGAGGAAAAGAAAGCUCUGAUAGAAAAGAAAAUGUCCUAUGAAAAGAUGCUUCUGCAAAUGAUGUCGAGGAAUGAAGACGGCAAACGGUGCCUGGCCGUGCAGCAGGACAUCGCCACGCUGCGGGAGCAGAUCGGCCACCUGCAGAGACUGAUCGGGGCGCAGCACCAGAGCCUGCGCCGCGUCAUCCAGGAGGUGGAGGAAUUGAACAAAGAACUCAAAAUGCAGGACAAAAAAAUAGAAGACCUGACAGAAAAGGUGAUGGUGCUUGAGACUCAGAAUAAAGAACUGAAAGACAGAGUGGCGUUAUGGUCCGGCCAGCCCAAGACAAAAGUUUCAAAAGCCGUCCUGACAGACCCCCUGCGGGACUACAGAGCAUCCCCUUACCUGCUGCUGACCAGGAUGAAGAAGCAGGACUGCUAAAUGAGCUACUGGGCACGCAUCUCCUGCCUCUGGCAGAAGGACUGCUUGUGUUGCAACGCGUCUUCAACACUUGCUUUUUCUGAGACGUGGUGCAGAAGGGGUGCUGCGGAGCUGCUUUUGGAAGGAUAAACCUGGAAACAAGGCACGAGGUGAAGAGACAGCCC